AUGAAUUUACCCAAUAAUAUUUCAAACAAUAACUUUAAGACUCCCAGCAUUAACAACAAUCAAAAUAUCUCUUCUAUUGAUAUUAAUAAUACCUAUGGAAACUUUAAUGGAAAUUUUAAUAACUAUAAUGGAAAUUAUAUUCCCUCUCAUUCACAACCUCCUUUUAAUAAUCGUAAUUUUAGCAAUUCAUCUACUAGUAGUCCUUUUACACCCAUCAAUCCCAAUACUCCUAAUACUCCAGGCUAUUUAAUAUCUCCAAAUGUCAAUUCUACAAUUGCUAAUAUUAACAACGCUACACUCAAUACUGCAAUCAAUAAUAAUGGCAUUAAUAACAACACUACUACUAACAAUAACAACAAUAACAACAGCCCAUCAAUUAGAAAAUUCAAUCACAACAAUAUUACUAAUAGAAAAAGGGGUGAAGAUGCCUCUAAAUUUCUUAAUGCCAAAUUGGAAGAUUUUAAAGGCCAAAUUUACAUCUUAUGUAAAGACCAACAUGGUUGCCGUUUUUUACAAAAACAAUUGGAUUUAAAUGAUGAAACUUUCAAGUCUGAAACUGCAACUAUGAUUUUUGAAGAAAUUUGUGAUAAUAUUGUUGAAUUAAUGACUGACCCAUUUGGAAAUUAUUUGAUUCAAAAGUUAUUAGAAAAAAUUGUCAUAAAACAAAGAGUCAUUUUGAUUAAAAAUGCAGCAAGCCAAUUUACUACUAUUGCAUUGGAUCCACAUGGCACCAGAGCCCUACAAAAAUUGAUUGAAGUUAUAACCACUCAAGAAGAAAACUCUAUAAUAAUUAGCUCAUUUGAGAAAAAUAUUGUUUCAUUAUCUAGAGACUUGAAUGGAAACCACGUUGUACAAAAAAUUCUUACAAAAUUUAAUUCUAAACCCGAAAAUAUCCAAUUUAUUUUUGACGCUGCAUGUCAAAAUUGCAUUCAAAUUUCUACUCAUAGACAUGGUUGUUGUGUAUUGCAAAGAUGCCUAGACUAUGGAUCUCAAGAUCAAUGCAAACAAUUAUCCUUAGUAAUUGCUAACAAUUGCUUAACUUUAUCACUUGAUCCAUUUGGGAAUUAUGUUGUGCAAUAUGUUCUUAGUAAAGGGGAUGAUGAAUCAAUUAGAAUUAUUGUCGAUUCAAUUUUAGGUAGAAUUCUAAGAUUAUCAACACACAAAUUUGGAUCAAAUGUUAUUGAAAAGACAUUAAGAACGGAAAAUUUGGCGCCCAUCAUAAUUGAUAAAAUUUUGAGAAAUGGAUUUUUAACUAAAUUAUUGCAUGAUGCAUUUGGAAACUAUGUUUUACAAACGAGUUUGGAUGUUGCUAAGAAACCCAAACAGUUUAAUAAAUUAUGCGAUCUUUUAAGACCAUUAUUACCUGGUGUCAGAAAUACACCUCAUGGAAGAAGAAUAAGUGCACGUAUUCAACCAUCUAUUUAA